AUGGCAGACAGAGAAGAGCUGGAAGACCAAAAAAGACUUGACCAAGCAAAACAGGUCGAAAUAGAGGCUGAACCGGAGUCUAUAUGGUCUAAACGUCGGCCUUUUUUGGCUUGGUUAUUGAUGUGUUACUCUACAGGGCCUACAUCAUCCAUGAUGAGGUCCUAUGUUGUGGCCUCAUUACAGUCCAUGACAAAUGCGCUCGGACAUCCUAAAGACAAUCCACUUGGACGGUGUAGGCCUCGCGGUACAGAUUGUUUCGUGAAAUUUGGUUCGAGGGAGGUGCAAUCCACCGCGUAUGCACUAUACCUGAGAGCCAUUUACACUUCUCUUGAGGGAUUCAUUGCGAUUUUAUUGAUGGGAUUUGCUGAUUUUUCGAAUUAUAGGAAAUGGCUUAUGAGUAUCUCGGUUAUUUUAUUCGGAUGCCUUGCAAUUCCAUCAGUUUGGUUAAGCGGGAUAAGUUAUUCAAAUCUUGUAGGGCUUUCUAUCAUAUACUGCUUAUUGCUUUGCUGCAACUCAAUUUACCUUAUCACGGAGGGGUCAUAUAUACCUGUUUUUAUGAGUAACAUGGUAAAACGUCAUGAGGAUCGCGAACAGGUAUUCUUGAGGAGAGGAGCAAAAGUAAGUGUACUUGGCCUCAUAAUGGGAAACUUAGGUGGUGUUACCGCGCUUCUUGUCGGUUUGAUUAUUGCCCAAACUAGAGGGACUCCAAGAGAAGUAGGGUACCGGGAUUUCCUCCUUGCAGUCACUAUUUCUGGCUGUGUAACAACGAUACUUGGUGCUAUUGCAACUUUCGGAAUUCCAUCUGUCAUGGGAGCACCUCUUCCUUUUAAAACAUCUGAAUAUAAAUUCAUUACCAUCUUGAAGUUCACCUUUACACGCUUUAGAGAUAUCCUUAUUGAUUUAUGGGAAUAUAAGCAGGCAUUCAAAUACACAAUUGCGUGGGUGCUAUGGAAUAUACAGUAUUCCACAUUUAUGCAAUUAUUCCUGCUAUCUUUUCGUGAAACCUUAGGAAUCGGAAACUCUGACCGGGAGUACACUGUCUGGCAGUUUAUGAUGCACAUAGUUGCGUGUAUUGGUCCUUUUGCGUGGAUGGGUACUUUCCAUUACGUAACAUUAGGAAGAACUCCUAAAUCGCAAGUCAAGAUCUUGAGAUUCUGUCUCCUAUUAUUACUCCUGAUCGGCACUUUUGCAAACAUCUGGGCCUCUUUGGGUUACUCAGUAACUAGCAAAAUAGGUCUCAAAAAUAGAUGGGAAUUCUGGCUAUUCCUAGUACUCUACGUUGGUUCCAGCAGCGCUAUACGGUCAAUUAAUAGGGUCGCAUACUCUGCAAUGCUUCCAAAAGGUAAAGAGAACCAAUAUUUCGGACUGGAAAUAAUGCUUGGCUUCGCUACUGGCUGGCUCCAAUCUUUACUUGUUAGUAUAAUAAAAGACAAAUCAGGUAAUCCCAGCGCACCUUUUAUUCCUAAUACCGUACUUAUGGUUAUCACUAUCGGCCUAUACUGGUGGUGUGAUAUCGAAAAGGGGUCAGCUCAAGUUGGCAAGAUGACAUUGUUCCAAGAUGAUGUUAAGUCCUAG